AACAGUGGCGACCCAUCAACGGCGCUCGGUUCCUCUUCAUUCGUCUACAUCUGGGUCUUCUUCUGUCCUCAAAAUUUCUCCCCCCCUUUUUUUUUCGCAGGAUUUUGACCGAGCUCUGCGGCGGGGGCGUUCGUCGGACCAUGAUUUCACCGGUUAUUCCGCGAGCAAACUAGCUCUUCCUUCUCAAGCUGCUCUCUGAAUCUCGCUCUCUCGCUCGCCCUCUGUGCGCCUCUGAUUCGAGGGCAUUGCCAGAGAAAAUCUAGCCUCUUUAGUUGAAAAGCUGACGAUCCAUCAUCAACGCUCGGUCCCUCUUUGUUCCUCCGCUUCUGGGUCUUCUUCUGUCCUUGAAAUUUCCUUUCUUUUUUUUUUUUUUGGCAGAAUUUCGACCUACCUCUGCGGCGGGGGCGUUCGCUGGACCAUGGCUUCACCGGGCGAGGAGUGGUCGCUGGAUCUUCUCCAGGAAUACCUUCAGAAGAAGAAUUCUCGAGAAAACUUGGAUAGAUUCAUCCCGAACCGCUCAGCUAUGGACUUCGACUACGCUCGUUCUCUCUUGACUGGAGGGAAGAAGUGGAAGGAGAAGUCUGCGGUGAUGUCAGCAUCAAGUGAGGCGUACCAGAAGCUUCUCGCAGAGGCACUUGACAUGAACCGAAGUCGAAUCCUGGCCUUCAAGAACAAGCCACCGACCCCAGAAGAGCUAAUCCCAAAAAGCUGGCUCUCCCCCACUGCUUACCAGUCUAAAUUCAUCAAGCCCUGUCGAUGGAUACCCAAGACCUGCCAGAGGAUGCUGGAUGCUCCUAACAUAUUGGAUGAUUAUAAUUUGAACUUGCUGGACUGGGGUGCCAACAACCUGGUAGUGAUUGCUCUUUCCGAAACGGUGUACUUGUGGAAUGCCUCCAACGGCUCUACUACAGAACUGGCGACCUUCAAUAAUGAGGAGGGUCCUGUCACGAGCGUGAGCUGGGCUCCUGAUGGUCAGAGUAUUGCCAUUGGCUUACAAAAUUCUCAUGUCCAGCUCUGGGAUUCCUCUGCUCAAAGACAGCUGAGAACUUUAAGAGGAGGCCAUCGACUCCGAGUUGGUUCCUUGGCCUGGAACAAUCACGUCCUCACUACAGGAGGCAUGGACUGUAUGGUCAUCAACAAUGAUGUGAGACUCAGAUCCCACAUUGUUGGAACCUACAGGGGGCAUCACCAGGAAGUCUGCGGCCUGAAAUGGUCGCCCUCGGGAAAACAGCUGGCUAGCGGAGGAAAUGACAAUCUCCUUUACUUGUGGGACAGAUCUAGAGCCUCUUUGAGUUCCAGCACUCAGUGGCUUCACAAGAUUGAAGCCCACACAACCACUGUGAAAGCCCUUGCUUGGUGCCCAUUUCAGGCGAAUUUACUGGCCUCGGGAGGGAGCGACCGAUGUGUUAAAUUUUGGAACACAUGCACGGGCACGUGUCUGAAUUCAGUGGACACCGGUUCUCAGGUGUGUGCACUGUUGUGGAGCAAGAGGGAGAGGGAAUUGCUAAGCUCUCACGGGCCUGCUGAGAACCAGCUCAUUCUCUGGAAAUAUCCUUCUAUGCGAAGGAUGGCAGAGCUAAGUGGACACACAUCUAGAGUUCUGUUCCUGGCACAGAGUCCGGAUGAAUGCAAGGUGGCAUCUGCAGCAGCAGAUGAAAGAUUAAUGUUUUGGCAAGUGUUUGGGAUACCAGAAGUGGCUAAGCCCACACCCAAAACCUCUUCUGAGCCAUUUGCCCUUUGGCACGGUAUCCGUUGAACUCAACAGAUUGAUUGGUGCUCAUCAUUUUACUGCUUCUGCCCAGAAUUUUUUCAGCCUAUUUGCUUAACCAACAUUGGAUUUGGAGCUGCAAGUUGAUAUUCAGACAGGAAAUUGUCGCGUAAGUGUAGUUGCAAACUGACUGGCCAUGAAUUUUCAAUUUCAAAAGUGCUCUUCUUUCUCCAUCUAAUGUCUUUCUCUUGUUUGGGUUGGUUGGAGACCUUGAGGCAUGCGUCGAUGAUUAUAGUAAAUCUUUCAAAGAAGGAACUGGAUACAUCGGCUGUUGGAUGAGU